UCAAAAAAUGGGGAAGUCCCCCUUUCAAGCUUCAGCACACACAGCAAAUCAUCGAAACAGGCGCAGUUGAUCACUCGUGGAACACCCGGAACCUUAACCUCAUCCCCAAAGAAACAAUGGAUGAUAUCAUGCAAGAGAGAAUACUCGCCAAGAGACACGAAUGCACACACUUCGAAGAAAUGAUACGCCAAUUCAGAUUUGCUACCGAAGAACACUUUAAAGCUCUUCAUGAUGAAGUAGACUCAACAGUCAACAAGAAGGUUCGGCUGGAGAAGGAAGGGGAGAAUAGAGAGGUUGAGAGAAUUAAUCACGAAUUUGACGUGAUGAAUGGCAAGAUUAUCAAGGAGAAGCGAAAAAUCGAGGAGGGCAUACGGGAAAAGACUGAAGAGAUUAGGGCGAUGAAUCAAGAACUUCGGAAGAAUGAUGACAAGAUUAGCAAGAACAAUGAGAAGAGACAUAGAAUGUUGUUGAAAAUCAGACGACAAGAUUCUGAAUUGAGACGUGCUCCGGUAGAACAAAUGCGUCAAGAUUGUGGUGAGGAACUUGAAACGAUCAUGGACGUGAUCAAACCACGGAUAGCCGAACUAGAAAGGUCGGCUCAGGAUGCUGGAAGAGUUCUUCAAGAAGCUCAACAAAAACUUGAUGCUUUUGGGAGGCAGUGCGGACCAAAAGUGAAAGAUGCAAUUAAUUUGGAGAGAGCGAUUACUGAUGCGUUGAAGAUGUCUUUUGACAUGGAUGCGGUGAAGCGUAUCAGACAGAGAGUGUCGCGCGUGAAAUUUGUCAGGAGUGUUGGAUAUAGCAGCUAUGAUGGAAGGAUCGAUGUCGACAGGUACAAUGGGGAUUGGAGGCUUGUGGAGGAAAUCAAUGUCAUGGAUAGAUUGAAAUAUCCAACCAUUGUAGGCUGCGUCGGCUCUUCGAAGGUGCUGGUCACCGACUGGGAAGUUGGGAGCAUGCACACGUAUCUACUUGAUACGAACACCAAGCGAAUUGAUCCAGUCAUUAAGGACGGAGGACAGUCCUGUGUUGUCUCCUCUGCGUCUUUGCCCGAUGGGAAGAUCGUGUGCGGAAAGAGACGGACUGGAUGCAAGGCCAUUGCUUUGGGACAAUCGUUGAUAGGAUGCAUCAGCGUGUAUGAUAAACACUGGAAGUUGGUCAAUGACUUCGUCAUACCACGAAACAACACGCUGGAUGAUACUUGGGUGUAUGUUGCUGUGGAUCCAGAAGGGCUUAUCAUUGCCGCCGAGUGGGGUCAGGGAAAUGUAUACUUCAUCAACCCCGAUGAUGGCAGUACCAAACGGCGUAUUACUUUUAGUGAUCUUGUACGUGGCGUCGUUUCAUCAGGUCUUAUUAUCUUGGCAGAGUUGUCAUCAAACCACUGCACGGUCUUGAAGUUCGAGAGGGGAGGGUCUUACAAAGAAAUCUCCUUCGUCAAUAAUAUAAGAAGUGCCUGCAUCGAUCCACUGACAGACGCCCUCUACGUUAUUACAUCUGGUAAGGAACACAAGACGUGUGGGAUCGAAUACGCGACGACGAAGAGUGGGUCGAAGAGGAGACGUGUAGCAACCCUGUGCUUAUCAAGGAGAUUGGUUAGUGAUAAUGAUAGACUGACACAUCUUGAGUUGUCGCAAGUGAUUAUGACUCCAUCUGGGAAGAUAAUCGUCUGUGACGGCAACAGUAUUCAGAUCAUAAGAAAAGAUUGGUAUUCAAUGGUAUAGUAUUCAAUGACAUUUUGCAUCCAUGAUCGAAGAUACUAAUCGCGUUUCACUUUAUUUCUACAGAAAUGUGUCAUCAGUGAAGGUACAUGCAAUUACCCUAAAUCGGCAUAUGGCACCCAAACAACAAUAUUGAUUACCCAUGAUUGACAUGAUUUUCAGCUCUAUUGAUAAACAUAAAUGUUUUCGUUAUCAAAUAUUAUUUUGACAUCUUUAAAGGACAAGUCCACCCCAACAAAAUGUUGAUUUGAAUAAAAAUAGAAAAAUUCAACAGGCAACAACACUGAAAAUUUCAUCAAAAUCCGAUGUAAAAUGAGAAAGUUAUGACAUUUUUAAGUUUUGCUUAAUUUCACAAAACAGUUAUUUGCACAUUCUGGUCGGUAUGCAAAUGAGGAGACUGAUGACGUCAUCCACUCACUAUUUUUUUGGUAUUUUGUUAUAUGAAAUAUUCUAAUUUUCUCCUCAUUGUCAAGUGAAACAACAACUUAUUCCUCCCUGUACAUUUGGAAUGAGCAUUGUUUAAUACUAUAUUUUUCAGUCAAGUUGUUCCUUAUUUUCGAAUCUGUAAAAAAAUGAAAUAUUGUAUAAUUCAAACAAUGAAAAAAAAAUAGUGAGGGACAUCAUCGACUCUCUCAUUUGCAUGUCACUGAAUCGUACAUAUCACUGUUUUGUGAAAAAUAAGCAAAAUUUUAAGAUGUCUUAACUUUCUUAUUUUACAUCCGAUUUUGAUAAAAUUUUCAGCGUUAUGCUAGUUUGUAUUUCUCUUUAUAUUAUAGGGUGGACUUGACCUUUAAGACAUUUUCAUGAAUCUAACAUUUCUUUAUAUUCCUUUGUUUUUGUAUUUGAGAAUAAAAGAUUUGAUCCCUCAAAUUACCAACUAUGUAUUACUGAUUUAUACGACAUACAGUUAUGAAUGAUUUUGUUUAUGUUAUCAUUGUAUAUAUUUUAAAACAAAAUAUUCAUGCCAUAUGAAUGAAGUUUAUUAAUAAAUUCAAAUUCAAACCCCACUCUCAGAAGCCUCUUAAUAACCCAACUGAUCAGUGUCACGAGUUCUCUCUCGACGUAUGUUAAUGUUGGGCAUUAUUAAACAUAUGAUUAUGGGAAUGAGUCAAAAGGAACGAGCGAUAUUAAAGUCGUGGGAGUGUCUUAGGAAGACGUGGAAAUUUGUCAAAUAGGGGAACAAGGAAUGAGUAACGAGAAAGGACGAGUUACGACAAGAGAGAACGAGUUACAAGAGGGAAUGGGUUACAUGAAAAGAGAACGAGAUACAGGAAGAGAGAACGAGUUACAAGAGAGAACGAGUUACAAGACGAGAGAACGAGUUUAAUACAAGAAGAGAGAACGAGUUACAAGAAAAGGGAACGAGUUAAACGAAGAGAGAAAGUUAUAAGAGAGAUUGAGCUACAAAAGGAGGAAAUGAGUUACAAGACAGACAGAAUGAAUUACAGGAAGAGAGAAAUGAGUUACAAGAAGAGAGAACGAGUAAAAAAGAAGAAUGAGUUACAAGAGGGAAAGAGUUACAAGAGAGAAAGAUUAUCAAGAGAGAAAUGAGUUACAAGAGGAGUGAAUGAUUUACAAGAGAGAAAUGAGUUACAAGAGGGAAAGAGUUACAAGAGAGAACGAGUUUAAUACAAGAAGAGAGAAUGAGUUACAAGAAGAUGGAAUGAGUUAC